AAGCAAUCAUCAGCAGCAAGCCUGUGAAUGACCAAACUUUGGCUGUUUUUAGUUAUCAAAACAUCAAUCAAUGACCUAUUGAUGUAACCUAAAAUUCUGUUUGUAUCAAACUCUGAGUUCAUUAAAUAAUAAUGUUCUUCUGUCAGUGAGGGAGAUAAAACAGACUAUGAGCAAAACUCACUAUAUGUUCACAUUAAAAAUAUAUAUAUGCGUAAAUUAGUGUAUGGAUAAUUCUGUCAUGAUAUUUUUACUAGCUCAACAAUGGAAAUUCAUUCUAAGAAUCUGACUACUCAAAAAAAUGAUACUGAAUGUUCAAUAUAUUGUCAUACAUUGAAAACUAGUUCACAAAUGAAAGAAAAACACUUCAAUCAAGCCUAUACUACAAUAAAUCUGAAUGAUGCAAAUUUAGAUUUAAGCUUUGAUUUAACUCAUUCAAAAUGCCUUAAUGAAACAAUUUCAAAUUCAUAUUUCAAUAAUAUGAAUCAAUUAUUUGCUCAAAUUAUUAAUCCACAAUUUCGUAAAAAUGCUCUCAUUAACAUUUGUAAAUCUAUUGAAGAGAAUACACUAGAUAUAGGAGGUCUUAUUGAUUCACGUCCAGGUAUUAUGGCUGCAUUAAUUCUGGAAAUUGUACAACGUUAUCCAAUUGAUAAAAGUAGACCACUUUCAUCAGAAUCAUAUGAAAUUAUAUGUUCAAUCAUUGUAAUAUUUCAACACAUUAUACUCAAUAGUAAAUUUCGUCGUAAUUUUGUUAGUACAGGUGUACUAGCAUAUUUAUUGCCUUAUUUUAACAUUGAAAGUCAAACACGCAACAGUGAACAUUUACGUGUUAGUCUAUUAGGUUUAUAUGCUACAAUGGCAAGUAAACUGUCAGUUGAUGAUAUGGAAAGUAUUCUUUUCCCUGAAUCGAAUGCAUAUUUCAAUGAGGAAACAGAGAAUGAAGGAAGACUAGACAAGAUCGAUAACGAGGCGAAUUUUAAUCAGUAUAACAUUUGUGCUUUAAACGAUCUAUUCACACAAACCUUGAAAGCAUUAAUUCAGUGUACUACUGAAGUUGGCAAAAAUAUGGCACUUAUUUUAUUAGCUCGUUUAUUAAAUUCUAAACAUCAAAGAACUCGUCUCUAUCAUAAUCACAGCUUAUUCAAUUGGUUAAUUUCAUGUCUUACACAAGUGACUGGAUAUAUGGUUAAACGAUUCACUGUUGACAUACAACAACAAUUUGUGCAUGAAACUCACUUGUGCGAGAAAUAUGCUCGUGCAACUUUGAUGAAAGCUAAACGAUUAUUACAAGUCACAAUGGAAUGUUUUAAUCAAUUAAUUAUUGAUCUCAGACUACGUAAUCGACUACGUGAUAGUCUACCAAUUGAAUUACGUUCAAAUAUAUUUUCUGUCAUUUUAUUACAUGAUCAAGAUGUUCAAUUAUGGCUUGAAAAAAUUUGGUUUCAAUUGGGAUGGAACAAAAUGAAUUAGGAGUGUGCAUUACAGACUUAUAAUAUAAUAUUUUUAUUUCGUAGUUUAUUGUUUCAAUAAUAAAUGGAACAUAUUUUUCAUUUGAAUACAAA